GGUGAAUUAUCAAAUUCGCGUGGCAGUUCACGCACCGAACAGCACUGCCACCAGCGCUGAUGUGUGUACGCCCAACUCCCAAGAACAGAAGGACGACCCAGUUCACAUUGAAACGACGACAUUCCGUACUUCAAGUUUAAUUGUUGUACCUCUCCCGAUUGUUAUUUUCGCCAUAAAUCACGAAUCAUGUCUGCCAGGAGGCAGUCAUCGACGACAUCUCUAGCCAAGUAUGCUCGGACAACUUCGCCUGAUACGAACAUUCGCUCUUUGGAUUUCUGUAACUCAUUCUGGGGUCUUGGAGAUGGAGGUGUAGACGUAUUGUUUGCUCGAAUGCGAGGAGCAACAAGGACAAUGGAGGAGCUGAGGAACUUCUGGAAGGAGAGAUCUGCGAUCGAGGAAGAUUAUGCAAAACGACUGGCGAAGUUGGCCAAAAUGUCAAUUGGCAAGGAUGAGAUAGGGGAACUACGGAACUCCGUGGAUACGUUGCGCCUCGAAACCGAUAAACAAGCCGGCUUUCACUUGCAGCUUUCGCAGCAAAUACGGAAUGAUCUCGAAGGUCAAACCGCGGCUUUUUCCGCAAGGCAGCAACAACACAAGAAGACGUACCAAGCCGCUAUCGAGAAGGAGUUCAAAGUGAAGCAAACACGCGAACAGCACGCAAGCAAAGCUCGGGAAAAAUAUGAAUCUGAUUGCCUCCGUAUCAACUCCUACACCGCUCAGUCGACACUAGUUCAGGGCAAAGAUCUCGAGAAAAUUCAUCUGAAGCUCGAACGUGCCCAGCAGACUGUGCAAGUGAACGAAAAUGAUUACGCGCAGUUUACCCGGGUGUUGCAAGAGACUAUGCAGAAAUGGGAGCAGGAUUGGAAGGCGUUUUGCGACACCUGUCAAGAUCUCGAGGAAGAGCGAAUGGAGUUCAUGAAGGAUAAUAUGUGGGCCUAUGCUAAUUCCGUAUCAACAGUAUGUGUCUCCGAUGACGAGUCUUGCGAGAAAAUGCGACUUGCCUUGGAACAAAUGGAACCGGAGAAGGAGAUGGAAAACUUUGUUCGCGACUACGCAACUGGAAGUGCCAUACCCGAAUCACCGGCGUUCGUCAACUAUACCAAUUCCGAUGCAGUGCCCUCAUCUUCCACUCGUAUUGCCACCCGUCCUGCAACCUUUGCUCGAAUAUCCCAGAGGUCAUCGGCAGGGCGCAACGCACCUCCGCCGGAGCCCGAAGACGCAUACGACGAUACCAACCAUGCAGGUGUAGGGGCGAUUGGUGGAGGAAGUCGCAGCUCCCCUACUGAACCUGCGCUCGUGAGAAGUCAUACCCAAAAAUCUCAAAGUGGACGCUCUCAAGUGAACGGUGUCAAUGGACAUGUUUCCCCUCACCGUGAUGCUCAACCUCAAGUGUCCCAGGCACAGAGGCGCAAUAGUACAGCCUCUGCUCUUCGACCUACACAAGAGCCCCGCGGGGAUAUGUUUGACCCUAUGGUUUCUACUACGCAACUGGUUAUCGGAGGGAAGACUUGGGAUGUUGAUCCGAACAAGGACCCGCAACAGCAGCGAGGCCAAAUUCGGACUUCUCCUCCUGUUGGAGAAAAUGACCCAUUAGUCAGGCAAAUGGCUGAGCUGAGCACCGCUGCUCAGAACUUGGCUAGACGUCCUACCGUUCGCAGGGACACUCUAUCAGGACAAGAUCCCCGCAGAGCUACUACUGACUCGCUCAUCACCCCCUCUUCGGCGACGAGUGUCAACUCUGGCAAUCGCGAUUUCCGUAAUUCGGCUGAAGUUGUCGUUGGGCCAUACCCCCUUGCACCGUCACGCUCGAGCUCUCCAAAUCCUCCUAAACCUGUCCUUGCAGCCCCUCCGCCACCCUCACUUCCGCCACCUUCUUCGAAUCUCCCGGUCGAGCAAGUCCUUAAUAACUAUGGUCGUACGUUCCCCGGAGAACAACGAUCUCGUAGCAGGGCUAAUAGCUAUGUUGGUCCACCACCCCUCGUUAACAACAAUCAAACACAGGAUCCCAAUGGGGUUCGCCCGACUAGCAGAGGGGGCUAUCCCGGUGUUGGUACUCAAAAUCUCGGUCCUCAGCCUCCAACGGGGUCACUCGUUCGCGUACACUCAACCUCUCAAAGACCAGUCACGCCGAACAACCCAGUUGGGAUUGCUCUUGGCCCAGAUGGACGUGUCGUUGUCGAUCAUAUGGCGGCGCAACCGCCGCCACGACAACCACCCUACAGCCAUGCACAGCCAUCUAGCGCUCAACCAUACCCAGUGUAUAAUAACGACAGCCGACAGCCGCAGCCGCAACCUCGCGCUGAUUAUGGUACUGUGGCGCCUUACAGUGCACCUGCCCCACCACAACCUUACGGCAACUACAACCAACCACCUCCACGUCCUCAAUAUGAUUCUCAGCCUGUUGUUCCUUACCAACCUCCUCCGCCUCCAUCACAAUCUUACAACAACUACGGUCCGCCUGCACGGAAUCCGUCAAUUGCGAGUCACCCUAGUCAAGGUGCUAUCAAUCAUCAGCAUUCUCAGCAACCGUACUACGGUCACAACACGAAUGCCUACCGUGCGCCAAGCCCUGUCGUGACGCGCUCACCUUCUCCCCAGCUCCCACGUCAUCCGGCCCCUCCCACAGGUGCCUAUACUGAUGAUGGCCGCCCGAUCUUGUUUUACGUGAAAGCGCUGUACGAUUACGCAGCCACGAUUGAUGAAGAAUUUGAUUUCCAAGCGGGGGAUAUCAUCGCCGUGACUGAUACCCCAGAGGACGGGUGGUGGAGUGGAGAGUUGCUUGAUGAGGUUAGGCGACAGGCUGGUAGGCACGUGUUCCCCAGCAAUUUUGUGUGUUUGUUUUAGUUAUACCUCUCACUCGCUUUGAACGCGUUCUGCAUUUACAUCAUUCAUUUUGCUUACCUGCUACGU